AUGGGUAACGCCAAGCCUCUCCCUGGCGAGCAAUUCUACUGCACUCAUCUUUACGAUUACGAUGAUAUUUUGGGUGAGACACCCUAUCGCAAGGCACGCCGUCAUGGAAACACUCUUCUCUAUCUCCCGCAGGAAGUUCGCGACAAGGUCUACCAGCUUGCCUUCAACGACAACCCUACGAUCUUCCGGUUCAUUGGUGACAAGCCAUACCCAGGCCCACCUCCUCUCAUGUUAGCGUCAAGACAGAUGUACUGUGAGGUCGAGACAUGCUUCAUUAGGAAUCUUAAAAUUGUUAUCGAGACUGAGGAAAAGUUAAAACAAAUUUCGGCAUGGCUCGCAAGAAGGCAGACGUGUGAUGGAUUCAAACAAAUACGAACUGUCGUCUUCGCGAGAUUUGACAUGUUCCGCCGAGUUUCACGGAUUGUGGCAAGAGAUUGGUGGAGGGAUGCGUACGUGUACCCCGACGAAAUGUCGCAGAACUUGGUUGCGGAUCCACACUGGCUUGAAGAAGGCGCGCCAGAUCCCCCAGCGGUUCAGUUUUUGAAACGGUGUCCGAAUGUCUCUAAGCUAGAGCUCGGCAUUGAAUUGCAGCAAUUCCUAUUGACAAGCCACCUUUUCCGAGAAUUUGACUGUCUCCUUCCAGCGGUUAUUCAACUCUACGACCUCCAAGCCCUCGUCUUGAUAAGCAGCUUGAACGACUUGAAAUUCCAUCUUCGAUACCACGAUGGCCUGAAAUACGAGAACCGAUUCAUAUACAACUUAAUAGGCUUUAUCCAGCAGCUUCCCGAAUUGCAUGUACACAAAGUGCAGCUCAACGGCGUUUGGGGAUUGAAGGAAUGGCUCGCUGGCGAAUUCCGAAAGAUAGGGAAAGGUGUCGAAAUCACCGGUAACUACACUUCUGAGAAGCCUUAUCCACUUCCUUUCUUUCCCUAA